GUUUUGGAGAAUAAAGAAAGGAAAAAACCUUCGAUAAGAGGAGAACAUUAAAUGGGUUUUUAUGAUGGGUCCGGGUCGAAGUCCAAAUAUGGUGCGGACGUGGCGGAAUCACAAGGGCAAUCGAUAAUCGCUACACUGCAGAUUCAGGCGGUGAGCCGAGUGUGGGUGUUUGUAGAGAGAGAGAGAGAGAGAGAGGAGAGAGAAAGAAAUGGCGUGGAGCGCUACGAUGAUCGGAGCCCUGCUGGGAUUGGGAACCCAGAUGUACUCCAACGCCCUCCGAAAGCUCCCCUACAUGCGCCAUCCGUGGGAGCACGUGCUGGGGAUGGGACUCGGGGUCGUGUUCGUGAACCAGCUCGUCAAAUGGGACGCUCAGCUCUCGGAGGACCUGGACAAGAUGCUCGCCAAAGCCAAGGCCGCCAACGAGCGCCGCUACUUCGAUGAAGACGAUGAAUAGUUUCCAUCUCCAUGUUUCAUGGCAUCUUCAGACAAGGCAGUCUUGUUCUUCUUAGAAAGUGUGGCCUUCAAGUUGGAGAUGCUUGUUUGCUUUUCAAUUAAUGUUGCUCUGUUUGUAAGGCUGAUAGAACUCUUCCAACUCUAUCUACUUUUUGCUAAACAAAAUCUUUGAGGUUCUUUCACGAUGUAAACUGGCUAAUACAAUAUGUCCCUCAAUAAAUGGAGAUUGGUUGACCUGUA